AUGGUAGAUAACUGUUUAUUUCGACAGUUUGAUUUCUUAGAUGGUGAGAAUAAAAAAAAUAAUUUACCAAAUGGUCCAAGAUUACCCGAAAACUACGUCAAAGAAAUUCGACCAUCUUUGUCAAGAGGUAAGCCAGUUGUUGUUGAUUUUACACUUUUUGUCGUUGACAUUAAUUCAAUAAAUGUUGAAGAUAUGGAUUUCCGAAUUGAUCAUUUUAUAUGUCAAAGCUGGACAGAAUCACGAUUAAUAAUAACUGAUGUUAUAUUUGAAAAAGAUGAUGAUUAUGUAAUACUUCCAUUAGAAUUUUAUGAAAAACUUUGGCAGCCAGAUCCAUAUUUUUUAAAUUCAAAAGUUACAGAGAUCGAAACAUUAACACAUAAAUUUUCAUCAGUCAUGCUUUUCAAAAAUAAAACAGUUUGAUAUUUUGCAAGAAUGCAUGCAAUUGUCGCUUGUCAAAUGGAAUUUUAACUUUACCCAAUGGACAUACAAAUAUGCUCUAUUUACAUUGAAAGUUUUUAACACAGUAGUAAAAAAUUACGUCUUCGUUGGGGUCAUAGUGGUGUUACUGUUAAUCCAGAAUUAAAAUUGUUAUCAUGGUUUUAAUUUUGGCUUGGUCUUGAUGCAAUACCAGGACGUGUGACAUUGCUUGUAACAAGUAUGCUUACUCUUGUUACAAUGUUUACUAGUCUUAAAACAGAUAUACCACCAGUUGCUUAUGUGAAAGCACUUGAUCUAUGGAUGGCAGGAUGUAUGAUUUUUGUAUUUACGUCUCUUGGUGAAUUUAUCGUGGUCAAGGUUAUGGACUUGAGAUGUCAACAAUCAGUUAACUAUCAACGUCAUUUAACUGCGAGAUUAUCGUGUAUGGAAAGAAAUCCAAUAUAAAAAAAAAUUGAUCGUUACAGUAGAAUUAUAUUUCCAACAUUAUUUCUUUUUUUUGUAUUACUUUAUUGGCCAAUUGUUGUAUUAAAAAAUAAAAAUCAUCAAAAUAAAUAUGGCAAAAUAAUAAGAUGAAAAAUAA